AUAUACCAUCUUUGGCCCAAAUGCGCGUAAGCGUACACUACGUUGGUGGAAAAAGAUGGCAGCUGACGCGUAGAAAAGAAGUGUGUGGAUCUUCGCUCGAAAAAACAAAAACAAAAAAGAAACAGACGGAGCGCAAAACAACCAGCCAUCGGUUGCGUCUUAUCAGCCCCCAUAGAGGCGCCGCCAUCGGUCGCCAUCGCAGAAGCGUCGCCAUUGGUCGUCAGUCACCAUGGGAAAAACGCCGCUAAAAGAUCAGAAAGACGGCAAAAAAGAGAAACCAGGAAGAAUGGUUCCACUAACCGGUGCGACUCCUGCGACAGCUAAAGACGCUUUCAGCUGGGAAGAAUAUCUGAAAGAGACGUCUUCCUCACCCGCUCCAGCCGGCUGCUUUCGUCAGGCCCGAGUCCCGCCCUCCAACGACUUCAAGGUGGGAAUGAAGCUCGAGGCCCACGACCCGCGCAAUUCUACCUCCGUCUGUAUCGCCACGGUGAUGGGCCUGACGGGGGUCCGCCUGCGCCUCCGCCUGGACGGCAGCGACAACAGCAACGACUUCUGGAGGCUCGUGGACUCCUCGGACAUCCAGCCCAUCGGCAGCUGUGAGAAGAACGGCGACAUGCUGCAGCCGCCGCUGGGGUUCCGCAUGAACGCCUCCUCGUGGCCGAUGUUUCUGCUGAGGACCUUAAACGGCGCCGAGAUGGCUCCGGCGAUCGCCUUCAAAAAGGAGCCUCCGAGGCCCCCGCAGAACAACUUCAGGUCGGGCAUGAAGCUGGAGGCCGUGGACAAGAAGAACCCGUACCUCAUCUGCCCCGCCACCAUUGGGGAGGUGAAGGGCGACGAGGUCUUCGUCAUGUUCGACGGGUGGCGCGGCGCCUUCGACUACUGGUGCAAGUACGACUCGCGGGACAUCUUCCCCGUGGGCUGGUGCUCGCUCACCAAGCACAGCCUCCAGUCGCCGGGCAACAGCGUGACUCUUCCAAAAGCGGCGCCGACCUUCCUGGCGUCCCCCUCCAAGCCGAGCAGGCGCUCCAUGCAGUCCCCCUACCGGCUCCCCACCCCCCUGCCCGCUCUGCCCGUCAGGAAAGGGGUCAGAGGUCGGCGGCCCAAGAGCGAGACGCUCGCUCUGCUCAAAGCCGUGGCGGAGGCCGCCGCCGCCGCCGCGCAGAACGGAACGGCGCCCGAGAGCCCGCUGCUGGUUCCCCGGGUGCACAAGAAGAGGGGGCCGAAGCCCGGGAGCAAGAGGAAGUCCAAGAUCCUCCAAAACCCGGGGCCGCUGCCGAGCAUGCAUGUUCCCGCGGAGAGCGCCGGCAGCCCGAGCGGCGUUGUGUCGACGGUGUGUGUGUACGUCAACAAGCAGGGGAACUGCGGCCCCCACCUGGACAGGAAGCAGAUGCAGCAUCUCCCGGACCACUUCGGGCCGGGCCCGGUGAACGCCGUGCUGCAGCAGGUGGUGCAGUGCUGCAUAGACUGUGCGUACCAGCCCAAGGUCCUGCUCGGCGCCCUGCAGACCCACGCAGGGGGGGGGGAGGUGGUCAGAGUGAGAACCGACGGCGGCGUCCGCGUGGUCAAGCUGCCGGCGGCCUCCAGCCCCUCCUUCGUGCUGCGCUUCCUGGAGACGAUGUGUCGCCACCUGCAGUGCGACAACCUGUUCAGCAGCCAGCCGUUCAGCCACCACGCCGCCUACGACGGGACCAAGUCAGUGAAAGAGGAGGCGCUGGACGCUCCGUCUCUGGCUCGGGGGGGCAAGCGGAGCCUCCUCGGGGUCUCGCCGCCGUACGCCGCCCCCCUGUCGCCGAAACACCUGCGUCCUGAGGCGCAUCCCUCAGAAGCGGAGACCCUCUCCCACAAAGAGAACGGCCUCACGAAGGAGCAGCGCUACAUGUGCUCGGCCUCCAACUCCGCCACCCCUCGGCCCCCGGCGGUGCGCGGCUCCUUGGAGUACCGCCCCCACACGCCGGGCGCCCACUACCGCCACGCCAGGGGCGAGGCUGCUGGCCGUCUCUCGGCGAAAAAGGCCGAGCUCGCCCACAAGAGGCCUCUCGGAGGAGUGGAAGCAGCCAGCUCCACCACGGGCCCCGAGCCGCCCAGCACCGAGCCGCCCGGCAGAAGCCCCGCCUCCUGGUCCAUCGAGGAGGUGAUGCAGUUCGUGAGGGACGCCGACCCCGCGACGUUAGCGCCGCACGCCGAGCUGUUCAGGAAACACGAGAUCGACGGCAAAGCUCUGAUGCUGCUGCGGAGCGACAUGAUCAUGAAGUACAUGGGUCUGAAGCUGGGCCCCGCCCUCAAGCUGUGUCACCACAUAGAGCGCCUGAAACACGGCAAACUGUGAGAGCGACCAGGGGAGGGGGGGGGGCGUCCCCCUCCAUGUGGUCUCCUCGAGGGAUUGAACCCUGGACCCCCAGCGUGGAGGGAAACCCCACAGUGUUUACAUCGCUCGGCACAAAUCUUCUGAUUCCCCAAAGACGGAGAAUGUUUCAUCUUCUGAAAUGUUUUUUUCAUGCUCGGCGAAUGACGAACAACGACGGGUCGGUUUUACUGAGAAAAGCGAGAUCCAUCAGCAGCCCCCGCCCCACCCGCCCACCCCCCUCCUUUAUUGGCGCAUUCCGUUUCUAUUAUGUCACCGAUGGGGGCGCGGUUACACUCGUCUCCUCACUGCUGCCGAUCGGACGCCACGACGCGCCCUGUAGGAUCGACUCCGAGGGUUAAACAUUUCAUUUCCUGUUAAUUCUUCACAUUAAAAGACUGCGUCAGUUCGGGGACGAGGACAGAAUCUCGUAAACUCUUCACAACAACUAUUGUUUCAUCGUCAACUGAGCAGCUAAAUACUCGAUAUUUAUAAAUAUCAGAAAAUAUCGUCGCACGUUACUUCCCCAAAUGUUCCCCAAGAUGCUUUAAUCAGCCUUCUUUUAUCAACAAAUGAUUAAAAUAAUUAGAUUUUAAUUAAAUAGUUGACAAAUAUUUUCAGAUAUUUUUCACAAUAAAGUCUGUUUAUUAAACCUCUUUAAAAAUGCUACAACAAUUGAGUAAAUAACAUAAAAUCUUAAAUCAGCGGUUAUUUUCCUUUUGUUUAACUCAUCCGUUGGUUAAUUUCAUUAAUCGAUAACUUUUUGUUCUACUAAUGGUGAAAAGUGGUGAACUAUUUACAUACAAGAAGCAGAAGUCAGAGAAAUACAUUUAAGUCUUUAAUUUAAACGAUGACAACUAAUUGAUUUGUUUUUUUAUUGCUAAACUAUUUCAUGAAUUAUUCCCCUGCCGCUACGCUAACGAAGCUACGCUAACGAAGCUACGCUAACGAAGAAACAAACACUAUGAUUUCCCGUCUUAUCCUGUCACUCAAAGAUUUACCUCUUGAGGAAGCCCCGCCCCCACGACGAGUGUAACCGCGGCCGGAGACAUUUUAUUCCGACAGGAUCCAACUUCACGUUUCCUGCCGCCAUCUUCAUCCUCACGGUCAUCCUCAUCUUCAUCCUCAUGGCCUCAUCACGGUUGGAGACGUCCCUCUGGGGCGUCUCGGCUCGUCGUUACAAUCACUGUUAGCAACAGACGUGUACAGUUUUUAUGGGUUUUAACCAUGAAUAUCAGCGACAGAAUGUACAUUUUGUAGAAACCUAAUAUUUUAAAGAAGGAGAUCAUAUACACGAGUUAGAAAUGUGAAGAAAUGUCUUUUUUAAACCGCAUUAAGGUCGUAGUUGGGAUCCUCCCGCGAGGAGCUUUACUCUCUGCCUUGCUCUCAGGUCUGCGUCGGCUUUGUUAGUUCAAACUUUUGUAGCAAACUGUUUGUUUAAAAAAAAAAAAAGAAAGAAAAAAAAGAAAUACAUUUUUAAAGACAGUCAGCAGAAUUUUCCGGUUCAUCCGCCUGGAUCCCUUUGGGUUUUUAAGACUUGUGCCAAAUGACUUUGACCUGGAGGAUCCUCAGCGCUGUGGAUUCAUCUCCUGCAUCUUCUUCAAAGUGUCACGAGUCCAUUUUAUGUCGCACCACAUAAACAAUGACGUUGUGUAUUUCCUCUUUUUUAUAAACCUCCCAGAAACAAAGUGUUUUCACUGACUGAAUUAUUCACACGUUUAUUGUAUCUGAGAGGAACCGAUUUUAUGGCUAUUUUCUAUUAAAUUCAACACACAAUAGAGAGCAUAACCGCAAAAGUAAAUAUGAUUUUGUGUAUUAA